AUGCCCACGGCCUAUCGGGUAUUUAUGAUUGGGACUUUUCAAGGAGCUGUAGGUGGUUUUCCCGAAAGUGUUCAGGUAGUGACCGUUUUCCUGAAUUUUAAAGAAUUCGCCAAUUGGCGAUGUUUGGAAUCGAGUUCAUUUGGCGAAUUUGUUGAUUACUUGCCUGCUGAAGGUGGUAGGAAAUAUAUAAAGAUUAAUGCUUUGGGGAGCUUUCUCUUAGAUAAAUACAAGAGUAAGAAGUUGGUUCAGAUAAAUCAAGGUUGGGACGCCUAUAAGAAAACAAGGCGGUUGUUGAGGUUACACCUGAUAUGGUUCGUUUUCUGGCCGGUGGUUUUGAAAUGUAUACAUUUAUCCAAGCCUGGUUGUUUUGUCAUGCAAGAAAAUUUUAGUCAAACUAAUCCAGGAAUGCCAUAG